AUGGUCGGAUCCAAUUUUGGUAUAAUCUACGGCCUGACGGGCCCUUCAAACCAAGGAGCCUCCUCAGCUGGACAGGGCGGAGCAGGCAUGGCUGCUGGUGGAGGAAGCGCAGACCGCGACCGCCUUACUACCGCGGCCCAUCUCAGCGACUUCAUGUUGCAGCUGGAAGACUACACGCCGUUGAUUCCCGAUGCCGUGACAGCGCAUUAUUUGAAUUUAGGUGGAUUCCAGGCGGACGACAAACGGAUUGUGCGUCUCAUUAGCAUUGCAGCUCAGAAAUACAUGUCGGAGAUCAUGGACGAUGCUCUGCAGCACUCCAAAGCGCGUACGCAUUUGCAAACCACCAACACACCUGGCGGAUCAAAGGCCAAGGAUCGCAAGUUUACAUUGACCAUGGAAGAUCUGCAACCAGCGCUGGCCGACUACGGAAUCAAUGUUCGCAAAAUGGACUAUAGCCAGUAGAUCUCUGCACACUCUGUAAAUUCUCUCAUCUAGUUUUUAGUUUAUUCAAAAGUCGGGCAAAACGAUUAUUGUUCAAUUAUAAAUAUCCAGACACUAA